UGCUUCUGUAGCAGUGAGUUAGCAACUGAGUGUGGCUUCAAUAAGAGGCUACAGGCGGCGGCGGCUACAAUAACAACGGAUGUUUUCGAUUAUAAUUCAGAAGCAAUUUAUGUUUAGGGCCUACUAACCUAAACACAAAUUGAUACUGUUUUAUAUCAGUAUACAACAGCUUCUAGACAACAGGCAGCAGUGAAGCGACUCUGGCAGUGUAACCACGGCAACCGUCUUCAACGUUAGUUUACAAUGGAAGACGAUCAAGCAGAAAUAAAAGAACGGAAUCAUUCCUCGACUGCGUCCCUUGAGAGUGAUGAAAGUACCAACAGUGGUCGAUUCUCCGACAGACCUACAGAAGUAAAAUAUGACAAGGAUGAGUUUUUGAUGAUGUCUCCAGAAGAAAAACUCAAACACUUCAGAUGUCGAGCUCAGACGAACAAGGACAACCAGAAGUUUGAUGCAUGCAUCCAGGACUUGGUGCGAUGUGUGGCUCUGACACGACUUGUGUGUGGGGAGAAACAGUUAGAACUCGCACAGGCUCAUGCCAGGCUGGCUAAAGCAUACUUUCAAUUCAAAGGUUGGGGACUCCAAGCCCUGGAGCAUUUGGCAGUUGCCAAAGAGUUGCUUCUUUUUCGCUCCUCCGUCUCGGCCUACAGUGAAGAUGAAAAGCUUGAGGUUCUCGCAUGCCGUCUAAGUGUGCACCUCACAAAAGGAGGGGCUUCACUUCUUACAGACAAUUUGGAGGAGGCGGUCUCAUCUUUCCAGGAGGCAGAUAAAGUUCUGAUGGAGCUUUAUCAACAUGGUGAUAUGAACCUGGAAGAGAAGAUAAAGACUCAGCUGGAAAUCACCAGUGGUCUAUGCAGGGUUUAUGCCAGGCAAAAUCGACCAGAGGAGGCAUUAAGCCAGUGUGAGAAGUCUUUGGACCUACUGAAGAAUUGCAAUAAGCAUGAGAGGAUGUGUGCUGUUUAUAAAGACAUGGCUACCAUUGAACAGGAUAGAGAUCACUUGGACAAAGCUAUAAACUAUCUCUCCAAGGCUCAUACCAUAGCUAUGAGUCACAGUCCAGAGGAUCUAGAGGGAGCUCAGAUCUCCCACAGCCUGGCCAUGAUCCUUUCUACUGCACCAGACCAACAUCACAAUGAAACUGCGGGUCACUAUUUUGAGCAAAGUCUACGUGCUUACAGGAACUCUGUAGGCCCACUUGAUCCAGCUUUUCUUGCUGCCCAGGAUGACUUCUGUCGAUAUCUCUUGAUUAAUGGACAAGAGGAGAAAUGUUUGGAGAUCCAGAGAGCCUCCCUUGAGUCUAAAAUAUCUACAUUUGGCGACCUGAGCUCUGAGGUAGCAGAGACUCUUCAGCUGAUUGGAGGUGUUGAAAUGACUGAGGGCUGGGUGAACCAAGCCCACAGGACCAUGACAAAGUGCUUGGAUGUACACAAGUUGCUGUAUGGUCCUCAGCACAAGAAAUCAAAAGCAGUCCAAAAAGCUGUGAACAUGUUGGCAAGGGCACCUGAAGUGGUAAAGAGACAACAGCAAAGAAGAAGACAGACAAAAUUAGACACAUUUCCAGUUAUACCAUCCAGUGGUGAAAAUGCUAACUCUACAUUUGAUGCUUGAAAUCUCAUUCUUCCCCACUUUUUUACCUUUGGACAAGGUUAAUAUGGUACCUCUAAAGGUUUGAGGCAGUAGAUAAUCAUUAUGUAAGCAAUUAGUUUGUCUGGCCUAUUAUGUGAAUUUACUGAAAAAUAAUGCACACAAAACAUUCCAACAAUAUAUAUAUUUUAAUAUUGUUAAGAUAUUCAUCAAUGAAAUGCAGAAAGCCCAAUCAGCCAAAGCAGUUGUAUCAUUUGUUUAUCAGAAAUCAGUAAAAUGAAAUACAUAUAAUUUUGUUUGCUCCACAUUCAUUAAACAUUGACUCAUAUCCUCUUUUUAAACCAAUAGAUUUUCCAUAUAUUAAUCUUAGUGAAUAAAAUGUGUUGGCACGUGGUAUCCAGAUACCAGUUUGCAUGAAGAUGCAUUCCAAAUUUAUAAAUGUUAAUAGAGAAAAGAUCACAAAAUAUGUGAAAACAGGAUGUAUCUGGGCACCUAAAUGCAACAAAUCUUUCUUUCUCUAACAGAUAAGUGUGUUUAUGCUAAAUAUCUCAUGCCUGUGCUAUAUCACAUAAUGACAAAUUGUUAUUUCAUAAAUUGUUAUAAAGUGAAAUAAUCAAACAUGCUGAAAAGGUCUGAAACAAAUAAAA